CUGCAGCAUUUUAAAAGAGAAUUAGUGGUUUUAAUUAUGGUCGUAGUAUGAAAGGGAACCAUGCAAGCUCCACAGGAGACCUUUGAUCAGACCCUUUUGCUAGUACAAUGCCACGGAACUGUGACUAUUCCUGAAAAAAAAUAUCAAGGCCUGGAAUGGUUCAUUGACUCACAGUUGACAACUAAUGGCAGAGUGGGCCUAGAAGCUGGGCCUCCCUACUGCCAGCCAGAACUCCAGCAUGCUGCCUUCUAUAAUCAGAGGUUGAUCCUUCCACCUCUCCCCAUGAAUCACAGGCCUCCUGUGUUCCUCUCUGCCUUUAGAGAUCAAGAAAUCGCUAAGGGGAUGAGACCAAUGAGAAGCAAGGGGAGGAAGAGUUUACUGAGUUGCUUACUUCUCUCCAGGCAUUAUUUGCUACUGCCAACAACUUCAUUCUUUUCAAGAAUAAAGUGAACUUUCUAGCUUCAAAGAAAAUCUGGCAUGAAUUCUGAGACCACUAUAUGAAAACAGAAGACGACGACAAGACAGUAAUAAGUAUCAAAAAAUCAGAUAAUCAAUGUCCUUCCUGUUAUGACCAGGUCCAUUACAUUGGAUGAAGCUGAAAAACACAGCCUAGAGCUGAAUCACCGGGUUAGUAUCAUGAAGCAAAUGAGCACCUCCAAGAACAGAAUAUUAUCCCUGCCUUUGUAAUUCAUGUAAAAAUCACUGUUUCCUACCUGAUUCCCUACGCUACAGAGUGAUGAGGCACAUUGUGCCACCUAGCAAAGGUGCUACGUAUUCCAUUCCCCUGAGGCAAAUAAAAAAAUCAAACAAGAUAAAAACACCUAGCCUGUGCAAACAUGUCUCAUGCUGAACUUGGACUGCCCUAAUGGCCUGAGCCAGGAGAUAACUGGGAUUAAAAAAGGCUGGGACACACACUGUGGGCUUGGUGAACCUUCUUGAGCUAGUGACGAUGUGUCCAGGACAAGCAGCCCCUUCUCUCAAGGCCUCCUGGUGGCCUUUCUACCACCAGCUGUACCCCAGUAUUAUAAAGAACAAUGGUUUUUUAACUUUUAUUUUAGGUUCCGGAGUAUGUAUGUGGGUUUGUUAUUUGUUAUAUAGGUAAACUUGUGUCACAGGGUUUGUUGUACAGGUUAUUUCAUCACCCAGGUACCAAGCCUGGUUCCCAAUAGUUAUUUUUUUCUGAUCCUCUCCCUCCUCCUAGCCUCCACUAUCAAGUACGCCCCAGUGUCUGUUGUUCCCCUCUUUAUGGCCACAAGUUCUCAUCAUUUAGCUCCCACUUACAAGUGAGAAGAUGCAGUAUUUGGUUUUCUGUUCCUGUGUUAAUUUGUGAAGGAUAAUGGCCUCCAGCUCCAACAUGUUCUGGCAAAGGACAUGAUCUCAUUCUUUUUAUGGCUGCAUAGUAUUCCAUGGUAUACAUGGACCACAUUUUCUUUUUCCUACCUGCCAUUGAUGGGCAUUUUGGUUGAUUUCAUGUCUUUGUUAUUGUGAACAGCACUGUAAUAAACAUUUGCAUGCAUGUGUCUUUAUGGUGGAUUGAUUAAUAUUCCUUUGGGUUUAUAUCCAGUAAUAGAAUUGCAGGGUUGAUUGAUAAGAACAUUGGUUUUUAAAGUUAAAAGAGAAAAAUUAAUCCUUUAAAACAAUACCAGCCAAAUCUCACUAUAGCAAAAUUCCAAGGGACUGUCUUCCAAUUCCAUAAUGUGUACUUGAUAUUGCUGGAAAUAAACAAACUAUAAUCUAAGACAUCUUUUAUGUUAGACUGAGAUUCUUAUUGUAAUGAUUAUUAAAUAGAUUUUGAGAAAUACAUGUAAUAUCAAUAAUACAUGAGUUAAGAAACUUUUAGAACUUAAUUUAAAAAUAAUUAAGGCUGGUGUGGUGGCUCACACCUGUAACUCCAUCACUCUGGGAGGUUGAGGAGGGAGGCUUGCUUUAGGCCAGGAGUUCAGGACCAGCCUAGGCAACGUGGUAAGACCUUGUUUCUACUA